AACAGAUAUAUAGGGGGAGAGCUGCAUGCAGGGCUCCUGUCUCCCAGGGAAACAGCAGGGAUUACUCCGCAUUGCGUUGCCUGGACAAAUCACAGCUUCCCCAGGAAGUCCCUCGCUGGGAGACGGUUACCUGGCACUGCCAGCCAUCUGCACCUGAGACCAGCCGGCGUCACUAGUCUACAGAGGCCGGGGGAGGAGGGAGCAGAGACCGGCAGCAAGCAGAUUUUUGCCCCAACCAUUGAACGAAGAGCCCCCAGUUGCCUGAAAUACCACCCCCCUUUCUAAUCCCUGGAUGCUGAUAUUUUCAAGCUGUGCAGUGUUGGGAAGGGUGGGAGGGGGUGUCUGCGUCCAUCACAAUCUAAAAUUAGCCCCCCUGGAAUGGUCAGCUGGGAGAUCGAGUGACAUCUUCUAGAAGAGGAAUAAGAGAAGGGGGGGCUGGAAGGAGACCAGGACACAACAGGGGAGCGAAGAACGUUAGGGGGGAAAGAAUAACGAGGGGCAGAGAAGUGUAUAGUGGAACCCCAUCUGGAGAAUUAUUUUUAGAGAAAAUUAAUCAUAAGGAGACUCGGAAAAAAAAAGAAAAGAAAAAACGCCAGGAGAAGAUUGGAGAUGUAACUCAAGAAAGCUGGCAAGAAAGGGAAGCGAAAAAUAAAAACUGAUUACACAACCUCAUAAAGAGGGAAAGAGAUUGGAGUUACCGUUGGCUCCUCAAGACUUUUUGUGCACAUAGGAGACGCUCGUUGGCUCCGAGGCGCCCAGGGUAAAUCAUGGACUACUGGCUGGUCAUGGUGCUGUGCCUCAUGGCAGUGUCCUCCUGUCGGUCAGGCUGCGUGGAGGUGGAAUCUGAAACAGAAGCCGUCUACGGGGGAAAAUUUAAGAUCCGAUGUAUUUCAUGCAAGAAGAGAGGAGAGACGUUGGCUAAAACCUUCACAGAGUGGUUCUUUAAAGGAGAAGAUCGGGAUAAAUUUGACCUGAUACUUCAUUACAGUUAUCCACGUCAAACUGUAGAGGAUGUACGUUUUGUAGGACGGCUGAAAUGGGACGGGAGUAAUCACUCUGAAGAUUUGCAAGACAUGUCUAUACUCAUCACCAAUGUCACCUAUGACCACCGGGGGGAGUAUAUGUGCAGGGUCAACCGCACGCUCAACUUUGAAAAUCACGAAUACAACACCAAUGUUACCAAAUUCAUUCAGGUAACAGUAGUAGACAAAGCGAACAGGGAUACCGCGUCGAUCGUGUCUGAGAUCAUGAUGUAUGUCCUCAUCGUGGUGCUCACCAUAUGGCUGGUGGUAGAGAUGAUCUAUUGUUACAGGAAGAUUGCAGCUGCUGGAGAGGAGGCCGUACUGGAAAAUGCCUCAGACUAUCUAGCAAUAACAACAGAGAGUAAAGACAAUUGCCUAGGAGUGCAAGCACAGGAGUAGCUGCCUGGUGAGCAGUCACUCAGGACAGCCAGCUAGAAGAACGGAUGGAGCCAGGAGCCUAGCGACGUUGACACUGCUGGGUGGACCGAAAAACCAACGGGUCGUAGACGAGCCCAAUCUCACCGCCUAACCCUUUCACCCACAUGAGCGCGCCAGGACUUACGUCAUUUUAAGUUGCUUAGUAUGCCUAUAUCUCCUGCCAGAGCGAGGCACGAGGCCUCAGUGUGUGCUGCGUUUGAUCUCUCUGGGUCACAAGUAUAUGCACUCAUCCUUGGCCAUUUUAUUUCCGUUUCACGGUGAUGAAGAGGCUAAGGAUGUUCCGCGACAAUGCUUCCAUGAAAGUGCGACUUUGUCUAUUACGAGAAUUAUUUGCUUAAUUUGUUUCUUUGGUUUGGUAGGUGGGCGGGUGGGAGGGGCAGUUAUUAGGAUAAACAUCACAGAACAUUUUCACGUUAAGAAGUAACCUCGUUGACCUGCAAUGAAAAUCUAUUUUUUUUUGUUUCAUUUUUGAAAAAUAGUUUUGGCAAUGAACGUCUAAGGGGCAUGUUUAAUAUUCUCUGCAUGUCGCUCUCUCCAAAAGGCAGAUAUUUAUUUAUUUUACUAUUUUCUGUUGCGAACAAUGCACAUAGCCUGGUAUUUACUAAAUCGUGCCGGGGAUUGUCCUCAGGGGAUAGACAAACCACAUGCCGUAAAGCGUUCCGGUACCUAACGAGUUACAACCCUUUGAAGCUUUAACAAAAUCGUUCUGCUUACAAUGGCAAAAAGGCAUCGCGGGAGCAGGGAUAUGAUGUAAGGCGCCGUCGCUUCGCAGUGGAAAACUAGAACGGGAUGCGCUUCUGCUUUUCCCGCCUCCCACAAUGGCUAUGCCGGACAUUGUGAAUGUGAACUCAAUACCAGGGUGCAGCUCAAGGGGAGGUUACCCAUCUUCUGCUGGGUGCUGGGUGUGUGAAGCUCGGGGUGAAGGGGUUAAAGAACUUUUUAACAAAGCAUGUUAUUUAUUUUGUAAUACAGAAUAAAACAGAAUCAAAUUAGACUAUAUUAUGUAUGAUUGAAAGAGGAAGGUUUGGACCGGCCUCUUCUCUCUAUGAGGCUUGUUCAUCAACAGGAAAGACCUACCCGCUUUUCAGUAUAGUUCUGGAUUGUUUUAUAUGUUGCCAAGUGGUAUUCCAGAGUUAAGAGAUAAAUCAGAAAUGCUUAUUUAUUGAGAUGCACUGGUCAGUCUGGAUCAGCCUAUGACAAAUGCAGUCUGCAGAGGCCAGGUUACCCAAUUCUUGCACCAUUUGGAGCAAGUUCGGGAGCUGACAAUCUAUCCUGGCUGCAGCCUGUGGAACCAUUUUUGAUUCUCCAAUAACUAUAUUUUGAUUCGAUCUAUUUUUGGACUGGACAACUUGUUCUUCAACAUGGCCACACUCAGUGGACAAUCACUAAGAUUCUUAUGAAAAUGAAGACUGGAAAACAGAUGAUGAUUGGACCACAAAGAUUUUCUAGUCAACUUGACUGAAAGCUAUCAACAUAGAGAGAAGAAAUAAAAAAAUGUAUGGCUAGCAGAUUUGUCUGCUUGGCUUGAUUACAGUUAGGACCUGCUUAAUUCGGCCCAUUUCUGCCCCAAACAUGCACUGCUAAAAUGGCUCUCUAGUGACCAGAGAUCCAUAUCUGUUUGAGUCCAUUUGAUGGGUUGGAUAAUCACCACAUAGAGUCAGAACUUGGCACACCGCAUUUCUUGACAGUCUCUGCUGACGUCUGAUGGAUCCCGAUCAGAUGUUGUUGUUUUUUUUGCAGUCAUGUGAGGCCAACAGUACUCCAAAUGGACAUCUGGAUUGUUCUGCGUAUGGACAGAUAAAGAGAAAUUAAAUUUGGUUUAUGAUUGUCAUGGAUUACAGCCCAUUUGUCAGAUGUUCUCUGUGUUACUCUAUAAGCCUUUUCUUGCCUUUCGAAUUUCAGUAGAGAUGGAAUUGGAGGUGGGAAUAAAUGGUGAGAUGGUCAAUCUAGAUUAGUCUAGCAAGGCCAUAAAUAUCCUGUAGCACUCAUGAAAACAGGAAAUCUGUAAUAUGAAUGCAUUUGGCAAAGUUUAAGGGAUAUGAAUUAAAGGAUUGCUGAUAUACUGACCACUGCAACACUUUGGCACCAGUUUUUGGCACCAAUUUUUUUCAGUACCUUAAAGUGCAAAUGGGUGAUGACUCUUAGCUUGUCACUACUCUGCCAUUUUCUGGUGCUUAAGAUAUUUUACACGUCUCUAAGCCCAAAGCCUCAUAGAGAGGAUGGCAUGCUGCAGCAGACCUCCUCAGUAGCAUAUGAUCUAUAGUAGGGCUACUGAGUAGCCGCCAAUUAAGUAUGACGCAUGCUGAAUUUUACUGUAACAACAGGCUGCAGCCUUGCAAAGCAAGCUUCUAUACUGUCUUAUUGUGCCUGCUUCUUAACCCUUCCUGUGCCAGCCGGUGACUGGGCAGGUGCCAUGCUGGGGAGGGAAGGGUUAAACAUGUCUGUCUGUACGUUAUCACCUGCUGUCGCCCUCCGUGGUGUUCCCCCGCUGUAAAAUGCCAUGUCAUUAUUUUUUUACUUUUUUCCUCUUCUUCUACUCUUUAUAUUUUUUAUACACAUUUGCAUUUUUCAUGUUAUGUUAAUGGGACGGGGAGGGAGAUUUGCAGGCUAUGUGGCAUUUAUUUUGUUUCCUUUUUUUUUUAAAUAUAAAAUAUUCUAUUUAUUUGAUUGGAAAACAAUAAAGAAAUCAGACAAUAAGAA